AUGUCUAUCCCCGAGAUGCAAUGGGCGCAAGUGGCCGAACAGGUCGGCGGACCGCUUGUGUACAAACAGAUCCCGACCCCCAAGCCAGGCCCGGAUCAGAUUCUGGUGAAGAUGCGCUACAGUGGCGUCUGCCAUACGGACCUGCACGCGAUGAAGGGACACUGGCCACUCCCGGUGAAAAUGCCCUUGGUUGGCGGCCACGAGGGUGCCGGCAUUGUCGUGGCCAAGGGCGAGCUGGUCAACGAGUUUGAAAUCGGUGACCACGCCGGCAUCAAGUGGCUCAAUGGGUCGUGCUCUGAAUGCGAGUUCUGCAGGCAGUCCGAUGACCCCUUGUGCGCGAAUGCGCAGCUCUCCGGGUAUACUGUCGAUGGCACUUUCCAGCAGUAUGCGGUUGGCAAGGCUACCCAUGCCUCCAAGAUUCCCAAGGGGGUUCCUCUUGACGCGGCCGCGCCGGUCCUUUGUGCCGGUAUUACGGUCUACAAGGGUCUGAAGGAAGCUGGUGUUCGUCCCGGCCAGACGUUGGCUAUUGUUGGGGCGGGCGGGGGCCUUGGAUCUCUUGCUCAGCAAUACGCAAAGGCGAUGGGGAUCAGAGUCGUUGCCGUGGAUGGAGGCGAUGAGAAAAAGGCCAUGUGUGAGAAGCUGGGCACUGAAACCUUUGUGGACUUCACCAAGACAAGCGACUUGGUGGCCGAUGUAAAGGCCGCCACGCCGGAUGGGCUUGGAGCCCACGCGGUGAUUCUGCUCGCUGCCGCCGAGAAGCCCUUCCAACAGGCGACUGAAUACGUUCGCUCCCGGGGAACAAUCAUUGCCAUUGGGUUGCCUCCCGAUGCGCAGCUCAAGGCCCCAGUGUUCAACACGGUGGUCCGCAUGAUCAGUAUCAAGGGCAGCUACGUUGGGAACCGCCAGGACGGCGUCGAGGCUCUCGAUUUCUUUGCUCGAGGCUUGAUCAAGGCUCCAUUCAAAUUGGCUCCGCUGAAGGACCUCCCGGAAAUCUUCGAGCUCAUGGAGCAAGGAAAAAUCGCUGGUCGCUAUGUGCUUGAGAUACCAGAAUAA